CCCGUGCCCCUUCCCUGCAUCUCAGCGUCUGUGACUGCCACUGUGUCUGUGAUUCAGCAGAGUUUGGGAGAAAGCUUAGAUGGCGAGGCACUUCGUGCUCAACACCGGCGCCAAGAUGCCCUCGGUGGGGCUCGGGACCUGGCAGUCCGACCCAGGCGUCGUCGGCGAGGCCGUCUACGCCGCAGUCAAGGCGGGGUACCGGCAUAUCGAUUGCGCCAGAGUCUACGACAACGAAAAGGAGGUGGGUUUGGCUUUGAAGAAGCUGUUUGAAGAGGGUGUAGUCAAGCGUGGAGAUCUGUUUAUCACCUCCAAGCUAUGGUGCGAUCAUCAUGCCCCAGAUGAUGUGCCAGUGGCACUUGAUGAGUCCCUGAAUGACCUGCAGCUUGAGUACUUGGAUCUUUACCUUAUACAUUCUCCAUUUAGCGUCAAGAAGGGAUCCAGUAUUGGCAACCCUGAAAACUAUGUAACACUUAACAUCCCAGCUACAUGGGCAGCAAUGGAGAAGCUACAUGAUGCUGGCAAAGCUCGUGCAAUUGGUGUCAGUAACUUCGCAUCCAAGAAACUGGGUGACUUGCUUGCUGUUGCUCGCAUACCUCCAGCUGUUGACCAGGUGGAGUGCCAUCCUGUUUGGCAACAAACUAAACUCCGUAGCUUCUGCCAAUCGACUGGUGUUCACCUCUCUGCAUACUCGCCACUAGGUUCACCUGGUUCAACAUGGAGUAAUGGUAAUGUCCUUAAAGACCCUGUUGUCAUCUCAAUCGCAGAGAAGCUUGGCAAAACUCCUGCACAAGUAGCGCUGCGCUGGAACAUUCAGAUGGGUCACAGUGUACUCCCAAAGAGCGUGAGUGAAGAACGUAUAAAGCAGAACCUUGAUGUUUAUGACUGGUCAAUUCCAGACGACUUGCUUGCGAAGUUCUCUGAGAUUAAGCAGACUAGACUGCAAAUGGGCAAGUUCAUCGUGAACAAAGACAGCGUCUACAAGACCCUCGAGGAGCUUUGGGACGGGGAAAUUUAGGACUGCUCCUGAUGUUGGUUCUGCCCAGAGAGCAGGCCACAUUAGUGCCAGUCACUUGUUAUGUAUUGCCAACGAUGCGCUUAAGGAAAUGUAUGGCUCCAAGUCUCCAACCUUCCGAGUUAAUAUUCUCUAGACUGCAUGUAUUGCUCCUAUAGGCCAUGUUUCCUAAGAAAGUUCCAAUCCAUUUGGAUGAGUGGUUUGUGAUUAAUUAAUUUUUUAUGUAUAUUUAGUCACAACCUCUCAUUCAAGUGGACCGGAUUUUUCUCAAAAUAUACAAUGAAACAUUUACAUUUUA